UCACGCUGAGCAAAAACAGCAAACACACCUCAGCAUAACAUUACCAACCUUAAGGUCUACAUUGCUGUUGAUAUAAACAUGGAACCAUAAGUGCAUCAGGUAUAUGGUCCAGCUACAUAUAAUCAGAGACACAAGUCCACUUACACUGAAGCUGCGUGUCUUCCCCUCCUGUUUCUCCCACUAACCCCCCUGUUUUCUCUCCUCUGUCAUGAAUGCCUCCUUCGUCUGUCCACCCACACACCAGACCAUACCUCCACCUGCACGUUACGGAGGCAGACACACAGUGACUCUGAUUCCUGGAGAUGGCAUCGGACCAGAGCUGGCACACCAUGUGCGCGAACUAUUCCGGUUCUGCUGCGUGCCAGUGGACUUUGAAGUUGUCAAUGUGGACUCAACUAUGGCCUCAGAAGAUGACAUCAAUGAUGCCAUAAUGGCGAUCAGACGCAAUGGAGUUGCACUGAAAGGUAACAUUGAGACCAACCACAACCUGCCACCUUCCUACAAGUCCAGAAACAACCUGCUCCGCACCACUCUGGAUCUUUACGCCAACGUGAUGCACUGCCAGUCUCUGCCGGGGGUGAGGACACGCCACCGAAACAUCGACAUCAUGAUAAUCAGGGAGAACACGGAGGGAGAGUACAGCAGCCUGGAGCAUGAGAAUGUACCGGGGGUCGUUGAAUGUCUGAAGAUCAUCACCAGGACCAAAUCUUUGCGUAUAGCCGACUAUGCCUUUAGAACAGCUCGGGAGAAAGGACGCAGACGAGUCACUGCCGUACACAAAGCUAACAUCAUGAAGUUGGCGGACGGCCUCUUCCUGCAGUGCUGUAAGGAGGUUGCCAGCGGUUACCCUGAUAUCACCUUCGACAGCAUGAUUGUGGACAACACUACCAUGCAGCUGGUCUCCAGGCCCCAGCAGUUCGACGUGAUGGUCAUGCCCAACCUGUAUGGCAACGUCGUGAGUAACGUGUGUGCCGGGUUGGUUGGUGGACCGGGCCUGGUGCCUGGAGCCAACUACGGAGAGGACUACGCUGUGUUUGAGACGGGAACCAGGAACACCGGGAAGAGCAUCGCUAACCGCAACACAGCGAACCCCACGGCCAUGCUGCUGGCCUCCUGCCUGAUGCUGGAUCACCUGAGGCUCCACGCCUACGCCAGUAUGAUCCGCAGAGCCAUCCUGUCCACUGUCACUGAGACCCGGCUGCACACUGCUGAUCUGGGAGGCCAAGGCUCCACCUCUGAAGUGGUCCAGUCCAUCAUGAACGCCAUCCAGAGCACGGGGCCUCUGACACAGAGCAUCUAGAACACACACAAAUAUGCAAAGUCACAAAGAUUGUACCUCUGUGCAGUAGCUCCUCUAUGCAAUUUUAUGAUAACUAUAGCAAAUUGUUUGAUAGCACUACUAAACCUAAACUGUGUAUGCAAACAGUUUGAAUACCUAUGCAACGGUUUUUAUUUCUUCAGAGGGUUUAAUAGCUCUAAAAGUCGUGUGUUUAAAGCAGAGACACACAUUCUUAACCUCCUAACCGUUUGUUAUUAACCUGAACCUGUUUACACCAAGUCCUUUACAUGUUUAUUAGUUUAUUUAUUUAUUAUUAACCGAAACCAGGUAUUCAUGCUUUAUGAAUUUUAACGUAUUUUAAACCAAACGCAGCUGUUAAUCAUCUACUGGAACUCAGCUGUCCUACUGAAUGUAAUACUGAAUGCUGAACUUCAUUAAGACUCUUAUCUCACUACUAAUAAAGCAUUUGUCCCCGUA